CCGUCCGGCCGCCCCGCCCCGCGGCCCCGGUCCGCCCCGUCCGGUGGGGCGACGAGCCGCAUGGAGGCCGGCUGAGGAACACCGCCCAGCCUCGGCUUCACUCACUGGUGUCAGGAGCUGCCACCCAGCUAUGGACGAGCAGGAGGACCAGCCACCCCGCGAGGCUGACCCAGAACCCGUCGUGACAUCAGGGGGUUCGGAGGUGGUGCCCAGGGUGCUUCCUGGAGAGCCCCAGAACCUGUCCGACGUGGACGCCUUCAAGCUGCUCCUGGAGAUGAAGCUGAAGAGGAGGCGUGCGCGGCCCAGCCUGCCACGUACGGUGACCGAGCUGGUGGCCGAGGAUGGGAGCAGGGUGUACGUGGUGGGCACGGCCCACUUCAGCGAUGACAGCAAGAAGGACGUGGUGAAGACUAUCCGGGAGGUGCAGCCUGACGUGGUGGUGGUGGAGCUCUGCCAGUACCGUGUGUCCAUGCUGAAGAUGGACGAGCGCACGCUGCUGCGGGAGGCCAAGGAGCUCAGCCUGGAGAAGCUGCAGCAGGCCGUGAGGCAGAACGGGGUCAUGUCUGGACUCAUGCAGAUGCUUCUGCUGAAGGUGUCAGCCCACAUCACUGAGCAGCUGGGCAUGGCCCCUGGCGGCGAGUUCAGGGAGGCUUUCAAGGAGGCCAGCAAGGUGCCUUUCUGCAAGUUCCAUCUGGGCGAUCGGCCCAUCCCUGUCACCUUCAAGAGGGCCAUCGCCGCGCUCUCCUUCUGGCAGAAGGUCAAGCUGGCCUGGGGCCUGUGUUUCCUGUCGGACCCGAUCAGCAAGGAUGAUGUGGAGCGGUGUAAGCAGAAGGACCUGCUGGAGCAGAUGAUGGCGGAGAUGAUCGGCGAGUUUCCGGACCUGCACCGCACCAUCGUCUCCGAGCGUGACGUCUACCUGACCUACAUGCUGAGGCAGGCCGCCCGCCGCCUGGAGCUGCCGCGUGCCUCCGAUGCCGAGCCCAGGAAGUGCGUCCCCUCCGUGGUGGUGGGUGUUGUGGGCAUGGGCCACGUCCCCGGCAUCGAGAAAAACUGGACCACUGACCUCAACAUCCAGGAGAUCAUGACUACUGCCUGCAGAAGGCGUCCGAGGUCUGGCCGCACAAGUAGGAAGGACAGAGGGAGCCACCACACCCGAGAGGACCGCCACAGUUGCUCCGGUGUUACAGCCAAGGGGCUCCUGGGUGCCACCCGCCGUGGGGGUCCAGUCCCAGCCUCGCCUGCCCUCCCUCAACCCACCCGAAUAAAGAAUUAUUUAACCGUCUGAGCGCAGGCUUCCCAGAGCCCCCACCGCCCCCUCUGCUCAGGGCCCUCAGGAAGGUCACGGCGGCAGGAUGACCUGGCGGGAGAGGGGCUGAGGCUCCCCCACACCCUCUGGCCCCAGGUAGAGCGUGUGGGCCACAGCCGGCCAUCGCUCACCUCACUGUGCCUUCUCUCCUCCAGUAGGGGCUUCUCACGGUGGGUUCUGGGCCAGCAUGUUGGGAAGGGCAGGGUGGCCCCACGAAGCCCUUGGGUGCAGCUCCUUGGGGUACCCCCCGCAGAGGGUGGCUUGGCCAAGCUUGGCGGCCCUGGAUGUGCGCCAGCAAAGCUCUGUCUGCAGAGAUUGUUUUUGGCUUUUAAAAAUGUCUGAAACUUUUUUACUCAGGUAAUUUUAACUUAAAACAAACUGAAGCAAAUGUCAGGAAAUACAAGCCUUAACUCCACUUGGGACAAAGAGAGCAUCUUUUUCUUGGAGUCUCAGCUCCAAGAGGACGAGCAUGUGGGGAGGAUCGGCUUGGGCUGCAGGGAGCCAGGCCGGCCACCUGGCAGCGGGGCCGGGGUUGCGGCCCUCUGGGGCGUGCGCCUGGCUGGGCCGCGGCGGGUCGAACCUGCUCCCGGUGCGUCUGGUGGAGGCACCUGGGGUCACCCCGCCCUCAGUGGAUAGGCGGCAUGUCCUCUGGGGCCCUCCACCUUGCAUGUGAGCCCACCUUGGGCUGGGACUGGUUGGCCCAGGACCAAGCUGGCCCCACACAACACUUCCACCCAUUCGUCACCUGUGUGCACAGUCUCCUGGUCACCUGUUUACGACGCAGCCUCUGCACCCUGUCUGGGGCCCAGGGUUCACGUUUGAUUGUGUUUGUGUUGAUUCGGUGUCUGCCUGAAUCCAGUGAAGCCCACAGCAUGCGCUGGGGGGCCUCAGGCUGGACCGUAACUGUCGUUCGCACGCGCGUGUGUGCGCCUCUAAGAAGCUGAAAUAAAGCCUACUUUUGGAA